AUGGUAAGACAGGUUUUAAUUGAAUUAUUUCCACAAAGUCGUUGGGCAUUUUUAUGUCUCAGAGUUAGACUAUGCUCGUUAAAAAAGCGGGCAGUUCUUUCGUUAACUUUUUUAUUUAGCCACUUUUUGAAAUUGAUUGGAAAAAAAACUAAAAAAAGAUAUUUUAAUUUUAUAUGCUUGUGCAAUAAUAAGCAUGAAAAAAUUCAGCAGGGCAAAACCUUGAGUCCAGUGAAGCUAGGAGACGAUGGCAACAGUUUCGCUGUGACACAAUCGCCAAUUUUGGACAAUCUGGUCACAUCCCGGAUUCAAUCCAAUUACACAAAUGAAAAUGAUAACAACAACCACGCAACAAGUUUAAAAAUAAAUUUAAAAGUAGUUCAAAUUCCGAAAAGAUAUUUUGAAAAUGCGUUAGUGCUCUUAGAAUCCAUUUGUUUCGAUAAUAUGUUGCUCGGAAUAGAGGUUGUUGUUGAUACAGAUAGUCUGAAAAAUGUAACAGUCUUCAGAAAAAUAAAAAAAUGUUAUGGACAAAGCGAAGGUAUGACAAUUUUACACAAAAUUAGUCUUCGAUUACCUCGAUACAUUUCUUACAAACCCGGUUUUCUAAACAAGUAUUCCGUCUACACUUGCAAAGGUUUUUUGAGAUUCUGGCUUCUAGAUCGUGAGGCUUAUACAAAAAUUUUAAAAGAAAAAACGAACAAAUAUUUUGAAAAGUCCACAGUGCAUUACUCAACAAGCUUGCAAAUCAACGAACCAUUCGAUCGACCACACCGACCAAGAAGACAAUGUUUAACUUGGUUCCAUGAUCUGAUCUCCAAGUUACCCUAUUUUCCAACAUGUCCAUAUGAAGAAGAAGUUGUAACGGCAAUUGACUUCCCUGUGGCACUCGGUGGCUUGCACACUGGCGUUCAUCGUGUUUAUGCUCCUUUCAACAACCCCGCACUGAGAAGGAAGCAGAUAGAAGCUAUAAUAAAACCGAAGUUCGCUUUUGCUCUAUGGUUGUACGUAGAUGAAUAUUGUCCAUUCGGAAGCAAGGACUGCAACGUCCUGCAUCACAUCACGUGGAAUGACAACUUCGCCACUCCUCAACUGCAAAUUAAUAAACAAGGACCCGGAAUAGGAAAAAUAUUUUUAGGCUUCAAUGUUAAAUGA